UUGUUUAGAAUCAAUAUCUUGAUCCCCAGUUAUACUAUUCGCUUCACUAGAAGUGGUAGACAAAGACCAUUGGGAAUUGCCUAUGUUGAGUUUAAAACUCGUGAGAAUCUUGAUGCUGUUGUUAAACAAUUUGAUGGAGCAAUGUUUAAGAAGCGUCAAAUGAGUGUUAAAAAGCACGUUGCUUACGAUCCAAAACGUCGUUUCUUUGGCAUCGGUAAGAAACCAGCAAUCACUAGCGAUGAUCUCCAAUUGACUCCGGAACAACCUAAGACUAAACCACCUCCUCAGGAAACAAAGAUCGAAAUUGCAACAGCAACUGUUACAACUACAGCGUUAGAUACUACUUCUGUUACUGGGACUGUUGCUGGAACCAAGCCUGAAUUAUCCAAGGAUACAUUGUAUAUUCCUAAAGCUCCAGCUAAGAUUACAGAUGAAUCACUUAGGGACUUCUUUAAAGAAUACGGUCCAGCACAAAUCUACAUCUUUAGAAAUAGAAAGCUAAAGAGAGGAGCAAUAAACCUCAAGAGUUCUUAUGUUAGCGUCUUGGCCAAAGUUGAUUCCUCCCAAACUAGUUUGGAUGAUAUCAUUGUUAAUUUAAAGUCCCAGAAACUUAAUGGAAGACAUGUUGUUAUCAAGCCUGCUUAUAAGUCAAAGAUAGAAGAAGUUGCAUCUAAAUUAAAAUCACCUGCUGCUAUUCUUGGAAGUUCUCUAGUCUCAGCCGCAAAUAAUGAAGGAUCCAAUGCUGUUACUAAACAGAUUAUCGAUGCAGAGAGAUCUUUAUCCAACAAUGCAUUAGCUACUACAACCGCUUGA